AUGUCGUCAAUUCAAAAUCCAACACAGUCGUUAUCCAGUGAACAAACUCAGCGAAAUAUUCAAAUUCUACGUGAACUGGAUUUACAGCGAUCACGUAUGGCUGGAACAUCAACAACAACACUCCCACCGAACGAAAGUUUAGUCUCUUCCAUUCCACCAUCACCUGCUGCUCCAUUACUACCUACACCAAGGCCAAAAGUAGUUCAGCAAUUUCAUUUACAAAGUAGCGGUCCAUUUAUACCGCCUAUGCCUGGCCCCUACGAUCAACAACAACAACAACAACAAUAUUCAAUAAUGAUGCAACAACAACAACAACAACAACAAUCACUCGAUUAUCAAAUGUUGGCAUCAUCACCAUUUUCGAUUAUGACAAAAGAGCGCUUAAGUGACGUACAACAGCACGGGUUAGGAACAUACACACUAAUUGAAAAUUACGGUCUUAUACCUAUUUUACCAUAUUUUUAG